AUGAAAUGGAAUAAACUUCAAAAUAAAUAUCAUUCAACAACUACAAUAACAAUGAACAGUAUCUUACAAAAGUUAAGUGUCGAGUUCAAUGGAUCAUACGGAUCAGAGAUUCUCGUUUACUUGAAGAGCUAUAUAGCAAACAUCACUGCAGCGCCAGUCGAUGGUGGAUUUAUUUAUUUCGAAGGUUGUUACUUUGAUGGUUGGGAAGAAAACAAUCUGCUGCUCUACAGCAACAACAAAAAGAAUCUCUGCGAAAACUGGGCAAUCAACUCUAGACAAAAGUCAUACUGUAUAGUGGCACCUGGCGCAGGCAAGAACAUAUCGUUCUACAUGACAGAGAAAGACGGUGUCACCAAGAUGACAGAGUAUUUCUUUAGCUACGAGCCACCCAUUAUCGAAACCGUGUCGCUUGCCAACAACAACUACACCAAAGAUAUUCUAUUAUAUUUAUAA